AUGGAUAUGAUGGACUACAACAUGACAUCAUCUCACCCUCAAGAAGACACGAUGAAAGAGUCGAAGACACAACUGCCGCCGCCUCCUCCAACAAGGUAUGGCACGUUGACGAACUUCUGUAUAGGAUUCUUGAUGGUCUUUUCCAUCUUCAGCAUCGGCAGAGAAGUAAAAAACGAACUAUACCCAAAGCCUAACUUGAUCAGUCGGUCGACGACCGGUCGGGACUUGGGAUCAUGGGGCCAGGCUCUCGAUUCCAUCGUGACCCCCGAUACCGUCGAAGCCAUCGGCAACGACCCCAGGCUGAGGCGGACACUCAUGUCCAUGGUCGACUUCACCGUCGAAUUUUCUGACCAGCUCGUUGCCCGCUACGAAUCACCGCAGCUGCAGGAGACGAGGGAGGCUCUGCAAGAGUACAAGGAGAAGAUUAAAAGGAGUCUUGGGAGCCUUGAGGAGACCGAUAACGAGGGCGAUGGCGGAUCCAAGAUCAAGAGGCGACAAUUCCCAACCUUUGGGGGUUUAUUUGGCGCAGCAGCACCAUCAGCAGCACCCGGAGGCGGCACUGGAAAUGGUGGUGGUGGCGGCGGCGGCGGCGGUCUUCCCAACCCCCUGGGCCUUCCUCUUCCCGGUGCCCCUGCUACACCUGGCAGUGCACCCGGAGGCGGUGGCAGCCCUCUCGGACUCCCCGGCCUCCCCGGCUUACCGACCCCAGGAAGCGGCGGCGGUGAUGCCGGUGGGGGCGGAAACCCCCUCAGAGGACUGCUCCCUGGAGCAGGCGGAGGAAACAUGUCCGCCGGAAUCCUCAGCGGGCUUCUUCAGCCCCUGACCGACGGCCUCAAGAACGUCGGAAACCAGCUGGUCUCCAACCUCAACGGGCCCGGCAUGUUCCUGGGAAUCGGCAUCGGUGCGGGCGCAGCCCAGGGGCUAAACCUGUCGACGCAGGCCAAGACGAUGGAGGUCGCGUCCAAGGUGGCUGCCGACAACAACAUGGAGGCCACCGGCCUCAACCCGGCGAUCCAGAACCUGGGCGUCGGCCUCACGUCGACGCUUCUGGGCGCCGUCGACUUCUCGACGCUGGGCGGUAACGUCACGAACCAACUGCAACCCAUAGCCCUCUCGCUCGCAACCGGGCUUGGGAACGGCACCGUCGCCGGCCUCAAGCUGAAUCCCAACGCGGCGAAUCUCGAGCCCGUCAACGACUCGAGCAUCCCCAACGUCAUCGGGACCUUCGGCUUCGGCCUCACCAAGACGGUGGUGUCCAACAUCAACACCGACCAGCUCUUCAAGCAGACCAACAACACCGACACCAUCCGCCAGAUCAUGCGCAUUCUCCCGGCCGCCGCCUCGGGCUUCGGCAAGGGUCUGGGCCAGGGCGCCACCGUCGGCCUCGGCCUGCAGCCGGACGCGGCGGUGCCCAUGCAGCAGAUGCCCGACGGGUCCAUCGACUUUGGAGGCAUCUCGCAGACGUUCGCCAAGGGCCUUACGAGCAGUUUCCUGCAGAACGGCACGGCGGGCGAGCUGCUCAACCGGGUGGGCGGCGCAGUCAAGUCGAACGCGGAAGCCGGCGGCGGCGGGAUCCCGUCGACCAUCAACUUCAACGGCCAGCAGAUCGAGGUCGGCAAGGUCGCCCAGGGCUUCGCGCGCGGCUUCCUCCAGGGCGCAAGCGACUCGAUUCAGAGCAUGGGCGGUGUGCGGUCGCUGUUCGAGGGCAACGCCACGAUGCCCACGGGCGUGAUGCCCGACUCCAAGGUCCAGUUCAACGACUCGCUCGGUGGCGCCGCCAGCGGUUUCGGCGUUGGUAUCGGCGGACAAGGCGUCCUGAUCGUCUACGGGCUGGUCAAGAACCCGCGCGGGACCCCUCUGCCCGCCGCCGCAAACGCCCCGGCAGCACCGGCAUCGGCCCCGGCCCCGGCCGGAGGCGGCCCCACUCAGCGCCGGGACAUGGAGCUCAUCCCCCGGCAGAACCCUCCGCCCAUCGUCUCCGUCAACACGACCGACGGCUUCAACCUCUCCGUCGUCAUCAACGCGCAGACCAUCUCAAUGGCCGCCCAGACCGGCGUCAACACACUCACCUGUCAGGGCAUCGGCGGCCUGGGGCUCAUCGGCUUCGGCCUGAUCCGCAGCAAGACCAUCGCCCUCGACAUGGUCACCAGCAGCAGCAACACCACCAAGGUUAUCAAGCAGAUUAUACCGACGGGCACGAUCAGGAUCGCCAACGAGGGCCAUACCUACGCCAUCGACGGCGGCGUGAUUCGCGACGCCCUGGGCAACAACAUACUCGGCGCCGCGGGUGGCAUCGAAAUCAACGGGUUCAAGCUGCCGGCGUGGAUUGCGUUCCUCAUCAUCCACAUCCUCUUCGCUAUUGUCGCAUAUGCCAAUGUCCUCCCCCUGGCCCUCGGCCUCGAGCACCUGCGCAACCUCCUCCUGCGCAUCAACGUGCCCCAGGUGCUGCCGAACGUCCAUAAGUGGAACAACAUCAUGUGGCUCUUCGUCAUGGGGCCCUCCGUCGUGGUCGUUUUCAUCUUUGGCGUGCUCGUCACCGCAAAGUCGGCACACUUCCGCACCGCUCAUGGGGUAAGUCCGCCGCUUACUCUCUACCGUAACGACCGUCCCGUAAACUCACAAUACUCUUCACAGAUCAUCAGCCUUUUGACGACUCUCAUCGGCUUAGGUGCAUUCCUCCUCCACCUCGCCAUCAAAGCCCGCGCCCCGCCCCAACUCCCCAACUCUUCCCGCUCGCCGGCGCCGGCGCCAAUGCCGCUUCUGAGCCUGCCCAACAUCCGCGUCAUGGCGAACCAGCUGUUCCUCAUCAUGUCUUUUGCCUCGGUCAUCACCGGCUUCUCGAGCCUGAGUUCCGUCGCGUUGUGCUUUACACAGGUUGUCCCCUUCGACCUGGCGCUCGUCAUUGGCUUCAGUCUGUUCACGGUCUUUGUUCUGGGAUGGUCGAUUUCAGGACUGGAUAUUGCUCUUGUGGUGCGUGACUUCUGGCAGAGAAGAAAGGGCACCAAAGGUGCGUCUUCUGGUGCGGCCGAAAGGGGCGGUGUCUUGCAGGGUAAGAUCUCACCGCCCAAGAUAGUGGACGGCGAGAAGGGCAACUUUGCGUAG